GACAAGGAGGUCACGCGUACCUGCGGGAAUGGCUCUGGUGGGCAGGGCUGCUCUGCAUGGGAGUUGGAGAAGCAGCAAAUUUUGCUGCCUAUGCCUUUGCCCCUGCAACGCUGGUAACUCCACUGGGAGCUCUGAGUGUCCUUGUUAGUGCAGUUUUGUCUUCCACCUUCCUGAAUGAGCAGCUGAAUGUUCAUGGGAAGAUUGGCUGCACCCUGAGUAUCCUGGGCUCCACAGUGAUGGUGAUCCAUGCUCCACAUGGAGAAGAAGUUUCCAGCCUGGAGUCAAUGGCAGAAAAGCUGAAAGAUCCAGGAUUCAUUGUAUUUGCUGUGUGUGUCCUGGUGAGCUCCCUUCUGCUUAUCUUCGUGGCUGGACCCCGUUACGGACAGAGCAACGUCCUGGUUUAUGUGUUGGUAUGCUCCGCCAUCGGCUCACUUUCUGUGUCCUGCGUCAAAGGCUUGGGAAUUGCCCUGAAAGAACUGUUUUCUGGGAAGCCAGUCCUGAAAGAACCACUGGGCUGGGUGCUCCUGGUGUGCCUGGUGAUCUGCAUCAGCAUCCAGAUCAACUACCUGAACAAGGCCUUGGACAUCUUCAACACAUCUGUGGUCACACCCAUUUACUACGUGCUGUUCACCACAGCAGUCAUGAUGUGCUCUGCCAUCCUCUUCAAGGAGUGGCAACACAUGGUGCUGGACAACAUCAUCGGCACCAUCAGCGGCUUUCUCACCAUCGUGUCUGGCAUCUUCCUCCUGCACGCCUUCAGGGACAUGCCCUUCACCCCCAACCUCCUGCCCCUCUUCCUCCAGCAGGGCAGGACAGACCUGCAUGCCUCAUGGAGGAGUGCAGACAGACAUCAGUCAUGUCAGCACCAGCCUCUUCUGCCCUCAGAGGACAAAGGCUCUCAGAGCACAGAAGAGGAGGAGGAAGGUGAAGGCGUGUGA